UUCAACGGUAUCAAUUCCAAAAACAACAGCCAACCUCCAGGGGUCAAUGUUUAAUAUUCCCGAGUGUUUAUAUAGUCUCCAGCAGCAGCUCUCGGGCCUUUCAGCACCGGGCUAGCUCCAGCACCAUGGCUGGCUGCUGGGAGGUGACCCUGGCCUGCAGGAAAUACCUGAUCAUACUCCUGGUACCUCUCCUGUCUAUUCCGCUGCCUCUGGCUCUUCCGACCAAGGAGGCCCGGUGUGGUUAUGUGAUCAUAGUGAUGGCACUCUUCUGGUGCACAGAAGCCCUGCCCUUGGCUGUCACAGCUCUCUUCCCUGUCCUGCUGUUCCCACUCAUGAACAUCAUGGACUCAACAACAGUCUGCCGGGAGUACCUGAAGGACACCAACAUGCUCUUCAUCGGGGGGCUGCUGAUGGCCAUUGCUAUUGAGAACUGGCACCUGCACAAGCGCGUCGCCCUGCGGGUCUUGCUGAUCACGGGAGUCAGACCAGCCCUGCUCCUCAUGGGUUUCAUGGUGGUGACUGCCUUCCUGUCCAUGUGGAUCAGCAAUACAGCCACCACUGCCAUGAUGGUCCCCAUAGCACAAGCUGUGCUGGAACAGCUGCACAAGUCUGAGCUGGAGUCUAGCUCAGCUGGCCAAGCAUCUGAAAACAUCAACAAAGCCUUUGAGAUGCAGGAAGAGGCAACUAAAGUAGAGAGCUCCAAACAGGAAAAAGGGAACAGUCAUGUCCUGACAGUUGAGGAAGACAGAAAGAGAAAUGAAAAUCUGCUAGAAGAGAAACACAGGCAGUUCAGCAAGGGAAUGUCCCUCUGUAUUUGCUACUCAGCCAGUAUUGGAGGGAUUGCAACUCUGACUGGGACAACUCCAAAUCUGGUACUGCAAGGACAAGUUGAUGACCUCUUUCCUGACAACGGCAACAUCAUCAACUUUGCCUCUUGGUUCUCCUUUGCCUUCCCUACCAUGGUUGUGCUACUGAUUUUGGCAUGGAUUUGGCUGCAGAUACUGUACUUGGGCUUCAAUUUUCGGAAUAAUUUUGGUUGUUCUUCAAGUCCUGCUACAAAGGCAAAGGAGCAAAGGGCCUACAGCAUCAUUAAGGAGGAGAGCAGGAAACUGGGCUCGAUGCAAUUUGCAGAAAUAGCAGUUUUGAUCCUCUUCAUACUACUGGUACUGCUGUGGUUUACAAGAGACCCUGGCUUCAUACCAGGUUGGGCACCAGCUCUGUUCAACAAAGACAAUAAAAGCUACGUGACUGAUGCUACAGUUGCCAUCUUCAUUUCAGUUUUGUUGUUCAUCAUCCCUUCUGACUUUUCUAACAAUGACAGAGACAAAAACCAGGCAGGCAGCAAGUCAAAGUUCAAGGCCCCUCCAGCUCUUUUGGACUGGAAAGUGGUUCACCAGAAAAUGCCGUGGAACAUCGUGUUUCUGCUGGGAGGUGGCUUUGCCUUAGCCAAAGGCAGUGAGGAAUCUGGUCUGUCUGCAUGGUUAGGCACCAAACUGACUCCUCUGCAGCAAAUCCCUCACCCAGCUAUUGCUCUCCUCUUGUGUCUCCUCAUUGCCACUUUCACUGAGUGCACCAGCAACGUGGCCACCACUACCCUCUUUCUCCCUAUUCUGGCUUCAAUGGCUGAAGCCAUUUGCCUCAAUCCCCUCUAUGUCAUGCUGCCCUGCACACUCUCUGCAUCGUUGGCCUUCAUGCUGCCAGUGGCCACUCCUCCCAAUGCCAUCGUCUUCUCCUAUGGACAACUCAAAGUCAUAGAUAUGGCCAAAGCUGGGGUUGUACUCAACAUCCUAGGAGUUCUGACAAUAACUCUGGCCAUCAACACCUGGGCUUCAUCUUUGUUCCAGCUGCAAACUUUUCCAUCCUGGGCAAACAGGACAGGUACAUGCCCGUAGUGCAGAGACCAAGGGAACCAGCAACUGCUCCUGUCAGAGCUGCAAUGAGAGCAAGACUUCACCUGCAGGAGUUUUGCUGAGGCAGUGGCUCAGAGAGGCCUGUUCUGUUGAAAGGACAAGCCAUCUACAAGCAAAAUCAUUCAGUUGAUAACAGCAAUAAAAUUGCCUAACAGUGCUGUUCAGCAGGCAAUUUUGUUACCCCAGCAGCACGAGGAGGCAACCUUUGGCUUUUCAGCUGUUCCAGGAAUCUUUAGAUUUUCUGUCUCAGCAGGGUUGGGUUUUUCCCCAAGCACUGUCUGCAUCACUUCUCAGCUCCACCUGUAAAGGCUGAAAUCUGCAGUGAAAAGGGAGAGGGGGGUGGGUGUGUAAAAAGGAAGGAGAGAGACUCUAUGUACCUGAUUUCAUGCUUGUCUGUGCUAUUGUCACCACUACUGCAGAUGAUCACCUGGCUGUGUGCACAGGCCUGUGUCCAAAACGUGCCUGAUUGGUGUGUCCUCUGUGGGCACUCACAGCAGGGCACGUGGUGUAUGAUUGCAGACAAAUCACCUGCUGCCAGCCAGACCUGUUCCUUUGAAAUAUAUUUAUUUGCAGUCCACUUGUUAUGGCUGGAGAAGACAGUUUUUUUCCUAGAAUCUCUCUCCCGUUGUUAUUUAUGUAAAAUUGCAGCCUGGGAGGUCAUCAGGAAAACAACAGUUUUCUUUUGAGAAGGGGAGAAUCCCUGGGUCCUAAGAUUUAUAUGAUUGAAUUAAAGAUUUUUUGAUGUA